AGGCUUCUCUCUCCUUCUCCAUUCUUCCCUCUACUUACUGUCAUUAAGACUUCAAAAAAAUGAUUUUUUUGCUUAUACGGAUCAAAAAAAUUUGAAAAAAAGCAGAGAUUUCUUAGUUCUGCAAUGUUACUUUUGUUAAUGAAAGAUUGAGAUUUGAUGGGUAGGUAGCAAUUUGCUUAGCCCAAUCAAAAAUAUCAAAUCUUUGUUGCUUUGGAUUGCUUUUACAGUGAUCUAGAGCAAGUUGCUUUACAGUUUUCUGCUUUGGAUGUAUAGCAUGUGUCACUAUUGUGGUGCGCAACUACCAAAAUCAGAGGAUGAAAAGAGAAAACCAGUUAAUGCAAAUUCUUUAAAAUUAAAUGGUGAUGGGCACAAUUGGUCUUGUAGAUUUUGUCGGGAGAAGCAAGAACAAGGAUAUCUAAAGGGGGAUGGUUGGAGUCUUGCAUCACCAAUGAUCAGUCCAACAACUUCAUUGUCUAGUACUGACAGAUCUGUCUCAAGCUGCAGUGAUUUGUCAGUUGAUAUAAACUCAUAUGACCGGGGGAGUCAUGAGGAAGGUGGACUACACAGAGUUCAGGAGGAUGUAAGUUUUGGGCUCAGUGGCCAACUGCAUAAACCAAGAUUGGAAGCUCCAGUAAAUGGAUUACACAGAUCAUAUGAAAUGACAGAAAACAAUUUGGUGGAAAGCCAUAAUGGUAGAGACAGGGAGAUUGUGAGAGACAUUGAUAUAAUGCAAACUGCUAACGGACAAGAAACACAAGAACCAAAAGAUAAUUCCUUGCAGAAUCCUGUUGAAUCCUUUGAUGAAGGAAGUGGGGCUUCCUGUUCUGGUGGUGAUGAAAUCAAUGCCCAGGUUUGGGACCCUCCAGAAGCAGAGGACCCAGAAGAUGACCUGGAGGAUAGUGUGGCUCGUAAUGAUGAUGAUGAUGAUGAAUGUGGUGAUGGCACAAAAUGGGGCAAGCCAAGUUCUUUGAGUUGCUGCAGGGAUGAAGAGAGUGGGAGCUUCAGGUUCAAAGAAGACAAACAAAAAACAAUGGAGGAGGUUGCAAAUGGGAAGUUUAAGGCCAUUGUCAGACAACUUCUUAAGAAUGCAAAUGUUGCCACUAUGGUGAAAGAUUUUGAAAGUUGGGUGGAUAUAGUUAGCGUUUUAUCAUGGGAAGCUGCUUCAUUUUUGAAGCCUGAUGCAAUUGAUGGAAAAAGAAUGGAUCCAGAUGGCUAUGUGAAAGUGAAAUGCAUUGCAACAGGCUCUCGUAAUGAAAGUCAACUAGUCAAGGGCUUAGUCUUCAAAAAGCGCGCUGCUCACAAGCACAUGCCAACUAAUUACAAGAAUCCAAGGUUGUUGCUAAUCCGGGGAGUGCUUGGUCAGUCUUCAAGUGGGUUAUCAUCAUUUAAAUCAAUGGAUCUGGAAAAGGACAAUCUGAAAUCACUUAUGGACAUGAUAGAAAUGUGCCAUCCAAAUGUGGUUUUAGUAGAAAAGUCUGUCUCUCGUGAUCUCCAAGAGUCGAUACUUGCAAAGGGAAUCACAUUAGUUUAUGAUAUGAAGCUCCAUCGCCUAGAAAGAGUUGCUCGUUGUACUGGUUCACCAAUUUUAUCAUCUGAGACUUUGGCGGGUCAAAAGUUAAAGCAAUGUGAUUCCUUUCAUAUUGAAAAGUUUGUGGAGGAACAUGCUGGGUUAGGUGAAGGGGGAAAGAAACCAAGUAAGACAUUGAUGUUCAUUGAGGGUUGUCCUACACGUCUGGGUUGCACAAUUUUGUUGAAAGGAAGUAAUAGUGACGAAUUGAAGGGGAUCAAAUAUGUGGUGCAGAUUGCAGUCAUCAUGGCAUAUCAUUUAAUUCUCGAGACUUCAUUUCUUUUUGACUGGAAAAAAAUGUUGUCAGCUGUUAUGUUACCUGGGGCAAGGGAUCACUACUCAUCUGUUUUAGAAAAUGCAGAUUCAAGAAUUUCUUCUCCAAAGGAGUCUGUUGCUGAAACUGGGCCCGUUACUGUUGAUAUUCCCAUUUCUAAUGGAUACCACGUGGAAGAUUCCCACAAUUUAGACAUGGGAUUAGUAGGAAAUUCCAUGUCUUAUGUACCAUACAAUCCUGUAAUUUUUUCUGGGUUCUCAUCUCUUUCAGCCUCUCUUAAGAAAGUUAUAGGGGACAGUUUCCCUCUUGCCUCCUCUACGCCAUAUCAGUCCCUCGCUAGUUACUUUGGUUUGAAUGGAAAAGAAGCUAAUGAUCAAAGUAUAGAAGAGGUUCCGGUUAUUGAAACUUUGGAAGCUUCCAACCAUUGUGAUAUGGAAUCUAAGGAUGGUUUGGAUGAAGUGAAACCACUUGAUGAUGGAGAACGUCAGUCAUUGAGUUGUUCUAAACCUGUUGACGGAGGAAAUGAUGUUGAUGUUGACAAUAAAUACCGAGGUCAGAAUAAGGAUGAUGUCAAUGUUGUGUCUGAUUCUCAAAGUAUUUUGGUUUUGAUAUCAAGCCGGAAUGCUUUAAGAGGGACUAUAUGUGAGCAAAGCCAUUUUUCUCAUAUCAUGUUCUACAGGCAUUUUGACUUUCCUCUUGGCAAGUUUCUUUGGGAUAAUUUACUCAAUCAGAGAUGCCAGUGCACCACUUGUGGUGAAUUGCCAGAAGCUCACUUCUACUAUUAUGCACACCACAAUAAGCAGCUUACAAUACGAGUUAAACGGCUUUUGAAGCCUUUGCCUGGAGAAGCAGAAGGAAAACUUUGGAUGUGGAGCCGCUGUGGUAAAUGUAAACAUCAGAAUGGAGUAAGCAAAUGUACAAAAAGAGUCUUGAUUUCCACUGCUGCACGUUGUCUGUCUUUUGGAAAAUUCUUGGAGCUCAGCUUUUCUCAGCACACUUCAUUUGGUAGAUCUGCCUGUGGCCAUUCUCUGGAGAGAGACUUCCUAUACUUCUUUGGAUUGGGCCAACUGGCAGCAAUGUUCAAAUACUCUCCAGUUACAACUUACACUGUGUCUCUUCCACCUCAGAAGCUGGAGUUCAGCCAUUCAAUUAGAUAUGAAGGGCUCAUGAGAGAAUUUGAAAAUGUGUAUACGAAGGGGAGAUUACUUUUUAGUGGUAUUACAGACACUUUGAACAAGUUAAGAUCUCAAUUUGAAGGCUCUAAUCUUAACCUUCGAGGGCCAUCAAAAGAAUUCUCUGAUAUUGAAGACAUGCUAAAGCAGGAAAUUUAUGAGUUCGAGGCUACCGUUAACAACGCUUUUGAUAAGAAUGGGAAUACAAAUAAGGAUAAUUACCAGUUCCUUAGCAUAAACCGAUUGUUAUGGGAACUUCUUCUGGAAUCAUGGGUUUGGGAACAGCGGCUGCACUCACUACUCUCACCUGAUCAUUCUUUGGUUCGUGCUGGUGCUAUUGAGAAAACAGUGGACAACCAAGUGAAGUCAAAUAUGGGUGGCGCCACUCAUGAAAGAAAUGAAGGGGAUGAAACUGUUCUGGAAAACAGUAGUCAUGAGUCGAAAGAUAUGUUGGGUAAUUCUGUUGAAGCAAAUGGAUUUAUAAUAAAAGAAAAUUCACUUGAUGGUGCUCGUGCUGAAGAUCAUCUACCUAGCUCAUCUCCUCCUACUGAAGAUGUUGAGAGGUCAAACAUGGAUGAUUUACACCAGGCGGAAAAUAUAGCUUUGUCCAGGGACUUAGAAGUGGAAAGGACCAUUCCAAUUGCCUCGGAUGUUGGAAACAGUAACUCUGUAAUUGAUUCAGAUGAAUCUAGAAAGGGUACAUCUCUGCACUCAGUAGUAUCCAGUUUAGAAAACUCUAACGGAUGGUUCUGGAUGCCAUUUUCAGAAAUCCGACAGAUUUACAUGGAGGAUCUUGAGAGAGGUUUCAUGCCUAAAUUUCAGUCAGUUAGUAGCUAUGUACAGGAACACAUAUCUGUAGCCUACAAACUAAUCAGUGAGGAAGGACCACGGCUGCACAUCCCUCUUGGACCUGAUAAUUAUAUUGUGAGAGACUAUGAUGGUGAACUAUCUAGCAUAAUUGCUUGUGCUCUGGCAGUUCUGAAAGACGCACCUCUUUCAUUGGAGUUCUUUAGUGACGAUGGUCAGAAAGAGGGUGGGAUCUCUGCUAAAUCAACUGAUAGCUUAUAUAUCUCAUCUGUAUUUCCCAACAAAGUUUCCUCACAUUGGUCUUCAAAUAGUUCUUCUGAUUCAGAUUCUUUCCAGCCUACAUUAAGUGUUUCUCCAGAAGAGUCACGCUUGUCCAGCUUUGAUGGGUUCAAUUUGUUGGAGUCUCUGAUUCCUCCUGAGAAUGUUAGCCCCGAAGUCUCACUUGGGAUUACGAAGUCACUUGGAAAGGGUAAAUAUUCAGUAAUAUGUUUAUAUGCAAAACAGUUCCGUGAUCUUCGGAGUUGUUGCUGCCGAUCUGAGGUAGAUUAUAUUGCUUCUCUUAGCCGCUGUAGAAACUGGGAUGCUAAAGGUGGAAAGAGCAAAUCCUUUUUCGCUAAAACACUUGAUGAGAGGUUCAUUAUUAAGGAAAUCAAGAAGACAGAAUUCGAGUCAUUUGUUAAGUUUGCUCCUGAUUACUUCAAGUACAUGAAGGAGUCAUUUGAGUUGGGGAACCAAACUUGUCUAGCUAAAGUGCUUGGGAUCUAUCAGGUGAUCAUUAGACAGACAAAAAAUGGGAAAGAGAUGAGGCAUGAUCUGAUGGUCAUGGAGAAUCUUUCCUUCGGUCGAAAUAUUACUCGUCAAUAUGAUCUUAAAGGUGCUCUGUAUGCUAGAUACAAUUCAGCUGGUGAUGGUUUGGGAGAUGUUCUAUUAGAUCAAAACUUCGUCAACGAUAUGAAUUCCUCUCCACUAUAUGUUAGUAAUAAAGCAAAGCGCCUUCUGCAACGCGCAGUUUGGAAUGACACGACUUUCCUUAAUUCGAUCAAUGUAAUGGAUUAUUCUUUACUUGUUGGGGUAGACACCGAGCGACGAGAACUUGUAUGUGGGAUAAUUGAUUAUCUUAGGCAGUAUACCUGGGACAAGCAACUGGAAACGUGGGUGAAAUCUUCCCUUGUUGUUCCGAAGAAUGUGUUGCCGACGGUCAUCUCUCCAAAAGAGUACAAGAAGAGGUUCAGAAAGUUUAUGUCUAAACAUUUCAUGUGUGUUCCAGACGACUGGUGCUUGCAGAGAUCCUGCGACGCUUGUCAACUUUGCGGCGUCAGUGAAACUGGUUCUUCUCAAACAAAGCCUCAAAGCAAGGAUGAUUAAAUGGGUUUUUCUUUUUCUUCAGUAGUUGAUGUUUGCAUGGUGCAUGAUUUUUACUGUAAAUAGAACUGCGUUAUAGUUCUAAUUAUAUAGUUAGGCCCCAUUAUUUAGCGAUUUUUAGCAGAUUUAUGGGGAUAGUUUUGCACGUUUAGGCCUGUGUUUGAUCAGCCUGAAAUGCUUGUGAAUUUUGUAAAUCACAUUGAGAAAGUGUAGAGAGCCGCCAACUGGCUAUUUAUAUCGACCAAAAUAUGCAGCUACUUUAUAAUA